AUGGGGGUCUGUUGCUCCCCAACUCGCACGCCUUCGUGUCUCCUUCGAUCUUCGUUGAGUGAACUUUCUGCAGGAAACCGAGUCUGCAGGCCUGCACGCAGCAGUCCUUCCCUUUUCUCUCGUGCUAGACGUUUCUCCGCGUCCUUUUAUUUUUUGCCACAUGCGUCCGGCGUCCUGUUGUUUGUUUUGUCUCUGAAUUCUCUCCUCCUUCCUACGACGGGUGUCUCUGUCCGGGGCCUGCGCACGAGUCCAGAUGUCUCGUACGCGAGUCCGUUCCGGUUGAAGGGGGUACCCAUUUCUUCCCUUUCCCCGCUGGCGUCGCUCUCAUUUGCAUUCCCCUCUCCGGGGUAUUCUGUCUCUCCAGCUCCGCCCUUCUCGCCUGCUCUCGGGUCGAGGAACCGCUCGGCAACGGAGUCAGGGGCUUUUGUCAGCGGACACCCCCCACCACUAGCGAGUGGAACUCCGUCGCUUUUCCCCACCUUCUCUGGAAAUAACCCGCAGCCCUCAGAAAUGUUUCUUCGUUCUCUCUCUCGUCUCGCCUCGCUCUCUUCUUCUCCGGGCCAAGCCGUCUCCAAGGGCCCUGUCGCGCUGGCGAUUGAGAAGAAGCUCACUGAGGGUCUCCAGCCUACACAGUUGCAGGUGGUUGAUGAGACUCCCCUCCACGCUGGACACGAAGGAACACAAGGACUCAGAUCUGCAGAGACACACUUCAGAAUCUUCGUGAAGAGCGCCGAAUUCAAAGGUCUCCCUCUGGUGCAGAGACACCGGAAAGUGUAUGCGCUCUUGCAGAAAGAGCUGGACGAAGGAAUCCACGCCAUGGCCAUCCACGCGGAGGCCGCAGAGUAG